GUUUGACACAAACAUGUGUGAAGUGUUGUGUUUUGGUUUGUCUUUGAAAUGAGUUUUUGAAGAGUUUUUCGCCGAAAGUGUCACUAAUUUUGGGAUCAAUUGAGUGAAUGUCUCGACAGAAGCCAAACGUUUUGAUCGCCGGAACGCCCGGAACCGGAAAGACAUGUAUUUGUAGGCAAGUUGUCAAACACUUACCACACCUGCAGGUCAUCGAUGUCUCGCACUUCGCCAAAAGCAACGAUUGCAUUGAAUCACAUGAUAAUGAGUUGGACACAGACAUCAUCGACGAGGAUAUGCUGGACAACAAGCUCUCGCCGGUCAUCGCUGAAGGCGGUUAUCUCAUUGACUAUCACUCACCCGAUCUGUUCCCCAAAGAGCUCAUUGAUGUGGUAUUCAUAAUCCGAUGCAAUAAUACUUUACUCUACGACCGACUGAAGGCCAGGGGUUAUAACGAGGAGAAGAUCACGACUAACAUCGAGUGCGAGAUCUUCGAGACCAUCGCUGAAGAGGCCGUCGAGUGGUUCGGCGCCGAUGUCUGCCAUCAGUUGGUCAACGAGAAGGACGAAGACUUGGAGACCAAUUGUCAGCGCAUUUGCGAUUGGAUUAACAAAUAUGAGUCCAAAUCAUAGAUUUAUUUGUUACUCAUUUUAACCGCUAUUUUCUAAUCAAUCGCUUCCCUUAUCUCUGAAAUGCUUUUAUUUUGAAUCAAAUAUUUAAUUUACAAAUUGUAAUACAAUUUAAUAGUUUUGUACUUCAAUUCAAUUGCAAUCAAAACAUACCAUCCCUUUGAUGAGAUGGCAUUUGUUUGAGGCGUUGUAUUCACAUUAAGCUUAUGACAAGUUUUGUUAUUUUUCAAA